CCAGAAGCCAGUGAGGUGGCACCCAGGUCUGCUUCCCAGAGCUGGGGCAGACCCUGGACACUGUCUUCUCAGUGCCAGGUGGAGGCUGAGGGCUUGGGCCACCGUCUGUCAGCUCCGUGGUAGAGCAGAUGAAGAUACACAAGCUCCGAGAUGUUAAGUGACGUGCUCAGGGUCGCACAGCAAGAAGGAAAAGGAACCAGUGUUCUGAUCAGACCUCUAUUCCUCAUCCUGAGGAGUCAUCUCACUGUCUACUGAGGCCAGCUUCUUCAUGUCUGUUUCUCCUGGCUCUUACCACACCUGGGAGGGCCUCCACCUGCAUCCAUAUACUGAAAUCUCAAGAGGAUCUUCUUCCCUGGAUGACCGCAUAUCACUGCAUCUUGGCCUUAUCACAAGUUCACGCUUGUCCCCUGCUGCAUAGUGAGAAUGAGGGAAAUCCAGAGGAGUCUGCUGUCCUCUGCUCAGGGAGUCUCAAGAGGAGAAAGCCAACACCUUCAGAGUCCUUUGCAGAUAUUACAUACAGGGCUGCAGGGAAGUCACACAGGCAGCUUUGGCAAUCCCUGGAGGACUGAAGUGGUAGACACACAAGUGGCAACAUGACUCCUCAUCACAUCCGCACAUAUCGGGAGAGAGACCGAAAACCAGUCCUGGACUUGUUCUGCAGGGGCAUGACUGAGCAUGUCCCUGCCACCUUCCGCCACAUGCUGAUGCUGCCUGGAACCCUCCUGAUUGAGCUCGGGGUGCCCCUCUCCCUGCUCCUGUUCUCUGGCUCCUGGCUCCUGGCGAUCACGUCCAGCCUCACUCUGCUGCUCUUGUUGUGGUUCCUCGCCAGAUACAACUGGAAGCUGUAUGUGGCCACAUGUUUGCGCACAGACAUGGCUGACAUCACCAAAUCCUACCUGAGUGCGUGCGGCUCCUGCUUCUGGGUGGCCGAGUGUGGGGGGCAGGUGGUGGGCACUGUGUGUGCUCUGCCGGUGAAGAAUCCCCCACUGGGGAAGAAGCAGUUGAAGCUGUUUCACCUCUCAGUGGCUAAGGAGCACCGAGGAGAGGGGAUAGCGAAAAACCUGGUCAGGACUGUCCUCCAGUUUGCCCGGGACCAGGGCUAUGUUGAAGUCGUGCUUGAGACAAAUAUAAUACAGCGCAGUGCCCUGGCCCUAUACCAGGGCAUGGGCUUCCGGAAGACGGGCCAUUAUUUUUUAAAUAUAAUCUGGAGGCUGGCAGGUAUUCCUAUAUUUCAUUUAUUGUACCAACUCCCUUCUGCUCGGGAAGGGGGCUUGUGAUCUCUUCCUUUUGUAUUAACAAAAACCUGAUUGACUGUGCUAUAAUCACAAAGUAUGACAUUUCUGUCUUACAAACCAUAAACUCUGAUUGUCUGAUCUGAGCUGGGCACGUGUGAUGGUGUUUUGCAGGCAGUUGCCGCUCUCCUCCAUUGUCUUUGUGCAUUGCCCCUCCUCAUGUUUCUAGUGUCACGAUAAUGUUGCUUUAAAAACGACCACAGCACAAUACCAGACACACGUUUUCUCUGAAGUUGGGUCUGCAGUUUCUGCUGGUUUUGGCUCACACCUCACUGGUCUCAGGACAUCUGUGCAAAUGUGUUGGGUUGGCUUCAGUGCUGGGGAUCUGGGCACCAUCCUGUACCAGUUGCCUGAGACAGGGUUCAAGGUCCCAAAGAAGAGUCAAAGUAACCCUAGAAAAGAAGCCAGGCUUUUCCAAACCUGUCUCUAACACGAGCUUCAACCACAGGGCAAGGGGUUGAGAUUCAGUCCUAUGAAAAGAUGUGGGUAGCAAUAUGCUGCAUCUUCUCUCGUCUCCAGUGGGUGAGCAGAAGAAGGAAGGCAGGCAGGGCUUGCAGUACAGGAUGUUUUCACAAGGAGGCCUCAAUGUAUUUGGCCCUCAAACUAGUGGACCUAGCUGGAAAAUCAAAGUAGGGUGUGUUUGUGUGUGCACAGGAAGAGGGGAUGUCGAUGAAGUGACUGUCCCAGAUCUGACACCAUUGGGAUCCAACUUGAUUCCACUCCAGGUUCCACUACUCUAGAAUCAUAGCUGCCUUGUCCUGUUAGGGAAUUGAUCAUGUUGAUGUAUGCUGUGAUGCUACCAUCACAGGCUGCAUUCUCCUGGUACUUUGUGGCUCCUAAAAUGACCUCAUGCACUUAUCUCUGGUUUCCCUCCCCGCAAGGCCACAGUGGUCCAGAGAAGUUAAAACCUGCUUUUGCAGGGCCGGACCCAUAAAAAGCAACCUGUCCUGUGCUAGGUAAAAAGUAGCUCACUCCUCAUAAAUAAUCAAUAGCCCGGCCCAAAACUGAUAAAAGGACCUUCCUUUCUUUG